CCCCCCUCCCUCCCUCAAUCCUGAACUCGCCAGCCCGCCCGCCGCCGCGCCCGCGGCACGCGCGGCACGCGCGGCCGGCGCGGCAUGUCCGCGGCCGCGCCCCGCACGGCCGCGCCCCGCCGGUCGACGCUGGCCAGGAUGACAUUGCCGCACGUUCGCAGAAGUAGGCCGACGCUGGCCGAGCUCACCCUGCGCCCCGUGGCGGAGCAGGCGGAGGCCGAGAGCAUCUGGGGGUCGUGGUCGUCGACGGCUGGCCCGCCGCCACGCUCGCCGGACAUCCUGCAGCUGUCUCGGCACCGCGGUGACUGGGACUGGGUGGACGCCGACCAGGAUCUGGACCGCAUCCUGAACGCCAGGCUGGGCCUGAGGAGCACCUGGGGCGGCGAGACUGGCUGGCGCCCGGCAGCGUCGGCGUCGUCCCCACAGCUGCACGCCGCGUCGCUCUCGGCCUCGUCCUGGCGGAGCAGGAGCAAGGGCGCGAAGGUGAAGGACGACUUCGUGAAGGAGCGGGUCCGCGAGGGCCUGGACGAGCUGGUGGCGAGCCUGACGACGCGGAGGCUACAUGGCAGGGAGCGGUCGAGCUCUCCCAGGGGACGGGACACCACGCCUGUCUACGACCUGAUGCUGCCCCGCGGACCAGCGGCAAUGCAGGGCCUGCGGGUGUUACAGGACGAUCGCGGCGUCCGCGCUAUGGCUGGGCUGCAGGGUGGCCCAGUGGAGACGGCGGCGCAGCGCGAUUGCUCCGUGGAGCGCCUCGAGUCGCGGUCGAACAACGCCAUCCGCGCCAGGCCAGACGUGGGGCCCACGUUCGGCCACUACACCCUGUUCGAGCAGACCGGGCCGCUGGACGUCCGACCCAAGGGGCACCCGCUGGUGCGGGGCUCCAGCGCGGGCCGCGAGGCCGCGCGCUCGCCGCUGCAGCGCCCGCGCGACCUGGCCCCCUUCCAGAGGAAGGCGGCUGCGCCUGGUUUCACGGCGCACGUCGCUAAGGUGCGCGCGCGGGCGCGGGCGCACGUGGCCAUGCCCGGGUGGGCCUCCGCCUCCGACCCCGCGGCGGUCUGAAGCUCGGGGCGGGCACGCGCCGCGAGCGAGCGGAGCGGGCGGCAGCCGCGGCAGAGCAGCGGCGCUGUUGGGGGGG